CUUAUUGUCACUGUCAUUAGUCAAUUUCUGUCAGCUGGUUGUCAAACAAAAUGCAAUGUCAAAUGUCACAACAAACUUUAAAAAUGGCAUCCCGCGAAGAAUGGUGUGCCGAUAAACUCUCUAAACUUUUACAAGAAGAUUUAAGAAUUUCAGCGUUAAAUGAAAUUAAGGAGCAUUUUGAAUCUAUACCCGCAUCGGAGGCAUCCCGAUUUGCAGACGGUCUCGACUUACCAUUAGUAUUCGAUUGUUUAAAUGACUCAAAUCUAGAGCAGGUUGAUUUAGCUUGCGAGGUGCUUACUCUGUGUAUGACCAACCUGAAUAUAGGAGAAACUACAAAUAGAUAUGUUGUACCUUUAGAACGAGCCUUAAAUCAUCCUUAUUCAGGAGUGAAAAUAAUGGCUCUAAAAGAGAUUCAACGAGACAUAUCUGAAGAGAAUUGUCUUUCUGAGCUGUGCAAAAGAAAAUCGUUAUUAAUUUCUGUUAUUAAAUGUAUUGGAGAUAGCGAUCUAUCAGUUGCUAAAAAAGCAAUUGAUAUAACAGUUGUUGUUGGUUUAUCAGAUAUUGGAUUAAGAACCCUGAUAAUGGACGAUAUAUCUAAUGAGAUGCGUGAAGUUAUGUCUACUAAUGAAGUAUCAAGACUGAGGGUGUAUGAGGUGGUAGUUAAUAUUGCAAAGGAAGCUGAAAUAAAUUUGGAUCAGAUCAAAUCAACUGAUAUAUUAACACAUUUUUUAGAAGAAUUAAACAACCAUGAUAUCUUAUUAAAAAUGAAUGUUGUUGAAUUAUUAACUCAACUAGGACUUAGUAGACAUGGUUACAAUUAUCUUGAACAAAACGGUGUUAUAAAUAAGCUAUUUUCUAUGAUUGAAGAUACAGAUGAUUCUAUGACACUACAAUACUGUGAACCAGGAAUUUUAAAAUUUUUCGGUAAUAUAGCACACUGGAAACCUCUUGAACUAAUGUCAAAAUAUCCAAAAAUAUUUGACAGAUUGUUUUCAAAUCUCGAGAGUGGUGAAUUGACUAUAGUUGCUAUUUCUUUGGAUACUUUGGGAAUCAUAGGAUUAACAAAUCAAGGAAAAAGUGCCUUGAACGCCACAGGAAACAAAAUGACUUAUGCUUUAAAAACCAUCGUCAAGUUGCUUUCCUCGUUUCCCACUGAUGUCAAAAUCAGAGCUCUCAACUGCUUGGAACAUCUUUUGAGCGUGAACGAACAACAAAGUAAUGUUAUUCAAAUAACCAAAAAAUGGUUUAACGUUUUGUGCGAACACCCAAUGGACGUUAUUAUAAGGUAUGCUAAGAAUCCUUUCUCUGAAAUUAAGAUAGCCGGAUUGGGAAUAUUACUAGGAAUGUCAUAUCAGCAAUGGGGACAAGAGGAGAUACGAAAUAGUCCAGGACUGACUGAAUACCUGCUGGACCGAAAUAUAGAAACUUUAAAGGAAUGUAAAGAGCUGAAAUUCGACAUAAUAAGAGCCUUAGCUGCCAGCACCGUGUUUGAUGAAGCUACCAUAAAAAGAUUCCAAGAUUUCAUCAAAGAAGGACCGUUUCAUAUUGAAGCUGUUACCGAAAUUGCUUUUGAAGGGAACGAGUAAUUGGGGUGUCAUUAUUGUAGUUAACACUUAAGGUGAUUAUUGAUGAGUUUCAAUUUGGCGAUAAAAAAUGUAAACAAUGUUAAAUAUUUGGUGUAUUUAAUUAAAGACCUAUUUUAUUUGAUAAAUUUUUCCACAAGGAAAUAUUUUAAUGUUUUUUCUUCACAUUGCAAACAAAAUGUCCUCGGAUGAAAUAAUUUAAUAUAAUUGGUAAAAUUUUGUAGUGUUUUAUAUUGAACGUAUUCUGUUUAUUCAAAAUUGAUUUAUUGUCUAUUUUAAUCUGAUUUAACUAUCUUGGAACUCGUCAACAAUUGACCUUUUUGGGUUUCUGAAGUACAAUAAAAUAAUUUAAAUAUUUACUAAGAUAUAAAUAUAUCCCAUUAUAUUUUACUAAAAUAAUUUUUUUAAUAAAAACAUGACAUAAAUAGUGAAUUAUUCAAUAGAUAACUAGGUAAAUGAGGAUAAAUUUUCAAAAUAUGGAGAAUGUGACGAAUUUGAAGCUGGUACAAGACCCAUUUUUAACUGACUUCAAAAAAAGGAGGUUGUCAAUUCGUCGGAAUAUUUUUAUGUAUGUUCAGGGAUAAUUCUUUACCUCGUCCCAUUGAGGUAGUAUUAUAAAGAGGUGCUAUAAGUAAUAUUUCGCACAGAGAUAAAAC